AUGGGGUUGUUUCAGAGUUGUUUGUCUAGAAAUAACAAAGUCGGUGUCAUGAAAGAGGAGAAAGAAGUGUACGAUAAAGUACGUCGUACGAUGGUAACAGAGGGGGUGACGGAAAAGAAAGGAGGGGUAGCAUUCGGUCUGACCUUUGUGUCGGAGGAAGCCCCAAAGAUGCCGCCUCGCAGACUGAUGGAACUCAAAAAAGAGGAUCCCGAGAAAUGGAGAGAAAAUCAAGGAAAGACUUUGGCAAGGAAACAGAUGCUGGCACAACAAAAGAGAGAGGAGGCCCGCAUUCAGAAACAGAUUGAAAAAGCCCACAAAGAAAUGGAAAGACUCGAAAAAUACGUCAACCUUGGUGCUGAUUAAAUGACAUAGAGUCGGACCAAAAAUCUUACGAAGAUUUGACUAAUAGAAUGUCCGAGUAACGAAGAAGCCUGUCAAUCAAGAAUCCUGUGAUUGGGACAUAUAGGUCUACCCAAUACCGUAUCAGACGAUUUCUAUUUGCUAAAAAUGUGUAUGUAUAUUGAUGCUUGGAACUUUCUAAAUCCAAUAAUUUCCUUUCUAUAUAGUUUCUAAAUGAAUGAUUUGAAAAAAAAAAUCAUUUUGAAAUAAAUAUUUUG